AUGCUGCAUAUUGCCUCGGUACUCUUGAUCGUGGCAGGUCAGCUGCUCGCCAUCAACCCUUCCUCAACGAACACGCCAAACCAGCACAGUCCACCUCUUCUUCCAACCCAAGACCCAUUCUACAAGCCCGACAACUCAUCCUGGGAGUCGUCACCACCAGGCAAAAUAAUCAAGUCCCGGGCUGUGAACCUAACUUCCACAAUCAUAGACCUAUCAAUAGUUCAAUCCGCGCAUCAACACUUAUACCGUACAAGCGAUGCACACGGAUGUCCGAGCUACGCCGUGACCACCGUCCUAAUCCCCAAAAACGCAACCGACCGUCAUUUUCUUUCCUUCCAGGUCGCCUAUGACUCUCCUGACAGCAACUGCUCGCCGUCCUAUUGGGCCCAGGACGGUGUCCCCGCAAAUCCAUACGGGAUCUUCGGCGACUUCAGUACAUUAAUCCAAACGUUUCUAUCGCAGGGAAUACCGAUCAGCAUACCGGACUAUGAGGGCGUGAACGCCUCGUUUACCGUCGGCACUCAGUCAGGAUACGCGGUUUUGGACUCUCUGCGUGCGGUACAGAGAUCAGGCUCAAUUGUCGGGGCGUCUUCGGCCACAAAGGCUGCAAUGCUUGGAUACUCGGGUGGAGCAUUGGCGACUGAAUGGGCUACCGAGCUACACGCCGUCUACGCUCCGGACGUCCAAAUCUCUGGCGCGGCGAUCGGCGGCUUACCGACUAACAUCACCAAGACGUUCUUUGCGAUUAACGGAACACCAAGCGCGGGGCUUAUCUCGGCCGCGUUCAAUGGCAUUGCGAAUACGUUCCCGUGCUUCGGGAGCUAUUUGGACCGUCAUUUGCUGCCUGAGCGCGCUGGGCAGUUUUACUCGACGAAGUAUCAGUGUAGUCGAGGGUCAAGAGGGGGGCUGGGGCAGAUGUCUCCGUGUUGGGAGCCCAGAAUGUCCGCAUAUUUUGAUAAUGGCGAUCGAAUUGUGUAUGAUCAUGCGACACUGCUGAAUACAUUUGGGACGAUGGGGUCUCACGGCACUCCGAUCUGUCCACUUUAUAUUUGGAAGGGGACUAAUGAUGAGAUUGCACCUCCUAUUGAGGAUACCGAUGCGUUGGUCAAAAGCUAUUGUGCUGGAGGAACAAACAUUACGUAUGUGAGGGUAGAGAAUGGAACACACCGGGAUGCUAUGGUGGCAGGGAUCCCGGGGGCUAUGGCGUUUCUGAAGUCUCUUCUUGGAGGGCGUGGACUAGAUAGAUGCACCAGCACAACCAUUCCAAUAGUUAGGGCAUAG